AUGAGUGGUUCAGUGUCUGAAGACUUCUCAUUAAGCAACGGGGUUAAACAAGGGUGGGUACUGGCGCAUACACUCUUCUCGCCAUUAUCUGUCAGCGAUGCUUGAGAUGGCCUUCAAAGACACUUCAGAAGGAGUAUACAUUCAAACAAGGAAAGAAUCAGACCUGUUCAAUGUGGCACAGCUCCAAGCUAAGAGUAAAACAUCGACGAAAGUAGUAAGAGAAAUGCUCUUUGCCGAUGACAGUGCCCUAGCUGCACACAGUGCAUGCGCAGAAGAUGUGCAAUCUUUAUUGGAGAAAUUUGCGAGAACAGCCCAUCAAUUCAGCCUCAAAAUCAACAUCAAGAAGACAGAAUGCCUUUACCAACCGCCAAAGUUCCAGUUAUCAACAUCACUACUAGAAGAGAUCAACACUGGUACAGAAUCACUAGUCAAGUUUAAGACUUUCAAGUACCACGGAGUACUGUUUCGUAACUGA